AUGGAGAGUACAACAUUAGGAGAAACGGAAGAGGUGGUCAGCGAGUUACCGAACAUAACUUAUGUAUCAGAUAUACCAUCUGAAGCACAGCUCCAAAUCCAAAGAAAGUAUGGUCAUGAAGGCGCACAUCUAGAAAAGGGUAAAUAUGAAGGUCGGACCAUGGGAUUGUUUACUAGCGGAGGAGACGCCCCGGGAAUGAACAGCGCUGUACGUGCUAUUGUUCGAGUAGCAUUGUAUUUAGGUGCACGAGUAUUUUGCAUUCAUGAAGGAUAUCAAGGUAUGGUUGAAGGUGGCAAAUAUAUUGUAGAAGCUACCUGGGAAACCGUCUCAGAUAUUAUCCAGAAAGGAGGUACAGUGAUUGGUUCAGCACGCAGCAAGGAUUUCCGGGAACGAUGGGGACGCUUAAAGGCAGCGGAAAAUUUAAUCCGUCACAAAAUCACAGCAUUGGUUUGCAUUGGUGGUGACGGGUCUUUAACUGGUGCUAACAUUUUUCGAGAUGAAUGGCCUGAAAUAGUUGCAGAAUUACUACAACAGGGACGUAUCAGCAAAGAUGAUGCAGAGAAAUGUAGAUCAAUUCAAAUUGUUGGAAUCGUGGGUUCAAUCGACAAUGACUUCUGUGGCACUGACAUGACAAUCGGGACAGAUACUGCACUACAUCGAAUCACUGAAGCUGUUGACUCAGUCCGCUCAACCGCUCAUAGCCAUCAACGAUGUUUUGUAAUUGAGGUUAUGGGACGUCAUUGUGGAUAUUUGGCGCUAGCAGCAUCUCUGGCAUUAGAUGCUGAUUUCUGCUUUAUUCCGGAAUGGCCACCACCAACUCACUGGACUAAAAUUUUAUGCAAGAAACUAAAACAAAUGCGUGAUGAUGGAAAUCGAGUUAAUAUUGUGAUAGUUGCUGAAGGAGCCAUUGAUCACAAUGGCACUGCAAUUACAACUGAUAUGAUUCGUGAUGUAAUAAAGAAGAAUCUUAAAUACGAUACUCGGAUCACUAUCUUGGGACACAUUCAACGUGGUGGCAGUCCAUCAGCAUUUGAUCGCCUACUAGGUUGUAGAAUGGGAGCAGAAGCGACAGUAGCUUUGAUGGAAAUGGAUGACAAAACAGCACCAUGCGUAGUUUCUAUUGAUGGUAAUCAGAUGGUACGCAUACCAUUGAUGAAAUGUGUAGAACGAACGAAAGCUGUUCAGGUUGCAAUGGAUAAAAAGGAUUGGGCUACAGCACUAAAGCUGCGUGGUCGCAGCUUUUGUCGAAACGUGGAAAUGUACCGAACGUUAUCCAAAAUUCGCAAGCAUGAACGACCAAGUGAAGGUUUUAAUAUCGCAAUAAUGAAUGUUGGCUCACCAAGCGGUGGUUCCAAUGCUGCUGUAAUGAGUUGUGUUCGUACAGCGAUCUUACAAGGUUGUGUUCCAUAUUGCGUUUACAAUUCGAACGAAGGUCUAGCUACGGGUCAGCUCGUAAAGAUGGAAUGGAAUGAUGUGGCACUGUGGUCAGCAGAAGGUGGCUCAUUUUUAGGUGCUCAACGUACUCUUCCAGAUAACGACACCCUUCCGUUAAUGGCGAUGAAUCUGACACGUUUUCAUAUACAUAGUUUAAUUAUCAUUGGUGGUUUUGAUGCCUUUCAUACUUGCUUGAUAUUAGCCCGAAAUCGAGAAAAAUUCCCUGCAUUUCGGAUUCCUAUGUGUGUCAUUCCAUCUACAAUCAAUAAUAAUGUACCAGGAACAGGGUUUACUCUUGGCGCAGACACAUCUUUAAAUGAGAUAUGCAAAAUGAUUGAUAAAAUAAAACAAUCAGCCACGGGUUCGAAGCGUCGUGUGUUCAUAAUUGAAACUAUGGGAAACUACUGCGGUUAUUUGGCGACGUUAUCAGCAAUGGCAAGUGGAGCUGACGCGGCAUAUAUCUACGAAGAAAUAUUUGACGUACAUGAACUGAUGAAUGAUAUACGCGUCAUUGUAGAGAAGAUGCAAACAGGUGCUCAACGCUACCUGAUAGUGCGCAAUGAAAAAGCAUCCCAGAAUUACACGUCAGAAUUUAUACGCCAGUUGUUUGCAGAAGAAUGUAGAGGUGCCUUUUCUACUCGAGUUAACGUUCUCGGACAUACUCAGCAAGGUGGCAAUCCAUCUCCCUUUGAUAGACUUUUCGGAGCGAAAUUGGGAGCGCGUGCUGUAGUUCAUUUACUGGUUCAAAUGAAAGAAAUGAAAAUAUCAGGCCUUUGUAAUUCUACUACAGCAACACUCCAAGGCCUAAUUGGUAAGUACAUUUGCUUGACACCGGUAGAGGAACUCGUAGAUGACGCUGAUUUUGCGCAUCGUUUACCCAUGGAGCAAUGGUGGAUGAAAUUACGUCCCUUAUUACGAAUACUCGCCAAGCAUGAUGGAUAA